CCGGACGUAGCCACACGCGUAUCAAUCCGCUAGAAAAAGGGCACCUCAGUUUUAGCCAUUGACAGUUAGAGCGUUGGUUAGCCAGCAGUUUGUAAGGUGAAGCAUGCUGACUGCUGUCAGAGCCGCCAGACCUUCCCUCAGAUUUUUCAGGAGUUCCUUUAACUGCUCCAUGGACUCAGGAUACCUGCAGGCUAAUGUCGUCAUCCUCCCCAAUCAUCUGGCCAAUGACUUUGAAGCGUUCUGUCGCAAGAAUCCUGCCCCCCUGCCACUCCUUUAUCGCAGCCAAUCAGGAGAGACUGCCUGUCCAUCUCUUGCUAGAUGUGCUGACAUAAGGACAGAUAUUUCUCAGUACUAUGUGUAUGAGGAGGGUUGCCUGGUGAAUAGAGUCUCCAGUCUGCAGAGUCACUGUACUCACCCAAGGAUUGAAUCAGAGCAGCAGGCUGAACAUCAUGGCCUGUGGGCAGACAUGGUAUGCUUCUAUCUGGGCUGCAGUUUUGGCUUUGAAGGCCAACUGAAGAAAGCUGGAGUCCCUGUCAGAAACGUGGAGCAGGGCACAAAUGUCAGCAUGUAUAGGACUGCAGUUCCCUGUAUUCCUGCAGGAGUGUUCAGCUGCCCUCUUGUGACCACUAUGCGUCCGAUUCCAGCUGGCAUGCUGAAUGCAGCAGUGGAGGUUACCCACCUCAAUCCACUAGCACAUGGAGUUCCUGUACACAUAGGAGACCCAGCUCUCCUAGGCAUAGGGGACCUGUCCAAACCAGACUAUGGGGAGCCAGUAGAGCUGCAGCCUGGGGAUGUCACAGUGUUUUGGGCCUGUGGAGUGACUGCAAUAGAAGCAAUACUCAGCAGCAAGCCUUCAUUGGCAUUCAGUCACGCGCCAGGCUGUAUGUUCCUGACGGACAUCCCAGACUGCUCCCCGUCCUCCCUCAUAACUCCACCCUCUGAGGGUGUAGACUCUCCCUCAACGGAUCACAAUCUUGAGCUGAUUCCCCUCUGCUUUCUGGUAUCCCACAAUCCCUUGUUGUACAGUUUGGCAUCUCAGAGAGCCGUGGCAAAGAUCAGACAGCUGGAGAUGAUUAUUGGAGAGGACCCAGGUCAACGCGGAAUCAGAGCUUUAUUUGUUCAGGAUGAACUUCUGCGCUCCAGUCUGGCACUCUCCCAUGCAUUCUCUGUUGCCAUAACAACCGGCUUUCCCACACACUACAUGCACAGCCCCCCUGAUGAGACUGACGGCCCACCUGGAGCCAUUGCCAUGGCAACCAUGCUUCUGUCGCUAGGGAAAAAGGUAACAUUGGUGACGGACAGGAGGGCCCUGGAGAUGAACCAGGCCAUCAUUGAUGAAGCUGUGAAGACAGGUGUGCUAAAAACUGCAAUCCCAUUGGUCACAUUUGAAGACAACGGCCCCGACUCUGCACUACACUUCUUGUGUCACCAUGGAGACCCCAGCAAGCCCAGGUACGACCACCUUGUGGCGAUAGAGCGCAGUGGACGUGCUGGAGAUGGAAAUUACUACAACAUGAGAGGAAUAAACAUCAAACAUCUGGUGGAUCCCAUUGAUAACCUGUUUAUUGCUGCCAAGGAUUUACCAGGAAUUACCACUACGGGAAUCGGUGAUGGGGGUAAUGAGUUGGGGAUGGGUAACCUGAAGGAAAAGGUGACGACUCUGAUGCCCAAUGGGGGUCUCAUAGCAUGUGAUGUUCCUGCUGACUAUGCCAUCACAGCUGGGGUGUCUAACUGGGGAGGAUAUGCCGUGGCCUGUGGUCUCUACCUGCUCCACACCUGCCCCUCCCACCAGCGAUACAGAAAUAAAGGACUGGGUUUGGAAAACACAAUCCCCCAAGAACAGCUCCAGGACUGGACUGCUAACCUGCCAUCUGUGGAGAAGGAAGAGUCUAUCCUAUCCACUCUGGUGCGUUUUGGGAUAAGAAGUGGGAAAACUGGUCACCUGGCCAUGGAGGUGGAUGGUUUGACCUUUCACCCCACUCACUCUGACAUCAUCACCAGACUUCUGGAAGUCACAUUAGGCCCCGCCACUCCAAACCUUUGACCAACUCAUCAGCUUUUAUUCUCAGCCAUCUGCUGGAUCUCAUCUAUCUUUGAGAUUGAGUGUUAACAUAACCUUGAUACAAAUAGCUGCAAAUGCUCGUGAAGACUAGAACCGCCGUAGCCCACGCAGUUUAACGUUGUGAUUC